AUUUUUUCAGUGAAUAUUCUGAAUCAAUCAUGCAAUUUUUCUGAUUUUUGUAUUUUCUAUUUCUCCCAAUUGUUGAUUCAGAUGAAUGGAUCUUUCAUUCCGGUCUUUUUCAGUGAGUCUAGGCCUACUCACGAUUCGCAGUUACAUACACAUAUGUAAUACAUGGCACAAUAGCUCAAUUGUAUCCUUUUUCCCCCGUGAGAAAAUAAUUUUUUUUUUCCUAAUCAUAUACGUUUGGACAGUAUUUAUUAUCCUGAACAUGUAAUGUGCUUCGUGAUUUUUUUUUUUUUUUUGCAGCGAAGGUCCCAUUGGCAGGGUAUUCGUUUUACUCAAGCUAGGCAAGUUGAGUUACAAAAGUCGUUCAAAUGGGGUAAUCGGUGAUCGUAGAAUCCCUGAAAACCAUCUGGUGUUGACUGAGAAUUAUCUUCAGUCAACGCAUCGGUCACCAACCCAACACCAUCUUCCAGUGCAAUAUUUGUUGAGACCCGUACUUGUUAACACUGAAGGGUCCAUAUUCUAUCCGACUGCUAAAGACAUCUGUCGCGUUGAUUGAAGAUUAGUAAAAUCGAUGAGCCGGUGAAACGAGGAGAUCCACUACUGGUAAUCGCUUAUGUGCUCUAAGGGUAAUUAGAGUGAGUCCCUUGAUUUUGCUCCAAGGGUAAUCUAUUUGUACCGCCACUUACGUUCAAACUGCCAACUGAAUUCAAAUGCAGUUGGUUUGGCUUCUCUGUAUGGGUCUCGUUCGCUUAACCCAAGAAUUCAAAACGUUUGAUAAUGGUUUGAUACAUACAUCUUCCAAGUAAGAUUAGCACGAUUCGAUGACUGAGAUGACAUCAAUUCAAAAUACUUCUUAAGGAAAAUGUGAUUACAUGUAGUAUUCAGAGGACGUUCUCGAUUAAGGUGAAAACGGAUCUAAAAUAUAGUGUCACAAAAAUAAGACGGAAGAUGUGAAAGAGUGACUACAAAUAGAAAAAAAAAAGUCAGUUAUGUUAUUCGACCUCUAGUGCCUCAUCUAAACGCACUCUAAGUUUCGAGUGAGCAUCAGUAUUAGCAAUUUGAAGAUCAACUGUUAACGAUCAGUUUAAUCAUUGUGAGACAGGCAUGGCCCAAUCUAUCUUUGACGCUUUGACAGGAGUCACCUUGGACAACCCAACAGUUCAGUCGCUUCUUGAAUCUCAAGCGCUGUUGACUGGCAUUGAUCAUGCUGGCAUCGAUCACGAUCAGGCGGACUUAUUUCAAUGUGGGAAAUGUAAAAGUCAAUUCACAUCGCUUCAGAUAUUUUUACUGCAUAAAAAACAGCACCAGAAACUGCAGGAGCAGGCGCUGGAUCUCACUCAGUUCCUUGGGAAUCAUGACAGCCGUAUCACCCAAGGGGCAAAUAAUUUGCAAGAAACUACAACGCGGUUUAAUUCACAAGAAUCAUUCAUUCAAGAUGAUCCCGCUAUUGGUGAGCCUAUCAUACUUGAGGAAACCGAUAUGCUGUUCAGCAUGGAACAAGAGGGUGCAAGUUACUUGAGUCAGGCUUCAGGUUUCAAUGUACCAAUCAUCCUUACCUCUGGGACUCUGGGGACAUUUGCAAGCCCCAUUAUCAGCUCUGAAAAUGAAGCCAUAGAUGAAUUGAAGGAAAUUCAAUUGCCGACUGACGAUCGUUUGCUGCAGGAAGAAUCCUCCAUGGCUACCAACAAUCUCGUAUCCUAUCGACAGAACAAUGACGAAGAGGAAGGUACUACGGGUAGUCAAAAUCUGAAGUACAAAUGCAGCUACUGCGAUAAACAGUUUUCCAAAAAAUUCUACUGGCAGCAACACGAGAGAUCUCACACUGGAGAAAAACCAUAUCAGUGUGUAGUUUGCGGACGAGCAUUUGCACAGAAAUCAAACGUCAAGAAACACAUGUCCUCCCACAAAGUUUGGCCUGGUACUGCGAUCCAUUCGCUUCCACCUGAUACACCGACGGAUGGAGACAUGGACAGGACUUAUCACUGUCAAUUCUGCAAAGAGAUUUUUGACUCUUAUAAAGCGCUUAAGGGGCACCUAAUCGUCUCUCAUUUGACGCUAAAAGUAUACAAGUGCGUUCAGAGCAGUUGUAGCAUGAUGUUUCCUGAGCUAGAAGACUUUCUUGAACACACGCGCAAUCACAAACGUUCAGAGUAUCGAUGCCACGUUUGCGGAGAGGUCUUCAACACCCUCUCUGAUCUUGGAUUACAUCAAUACGCCCACUCUUUCCAGAAGCAAAAGACCACAGAAAAAUAUUACUGCUGUUCGGUCUGCAAAUCGUCUUUUGCAAAUCUAGAGGCAUUACAGCAUCACACUGAGACAACAACGCAUGAUUACGUGUGUUCUCACUGCGGAAAAAGUUUUCCUGUCGAAAGGUACCUCCGAAGACAUUUGAAAACGCACGUAACAUCAGCUCGCUUUACCUGCAAAGACUGUGGAAAAGCCUUUAAAACUGAACAAUACUUGUCUAAUCACAGGCUCAUACAUAGCGAAGACACACCAUUUCCGUGUCCACACUGUCCAUCGAGGUUCAAAAGAAAAGACCGGCUCGGUCGCCACAUGUUGAUUCACGAUUUGACGAAGCGUUUGAAAUGCCCUUUCCGAGGAUAUUUGGGUUGCAUGAGUGAAUUUUCUCGUCCGGAUAAGCUAAAACGCCAUUUGUUAACACACAGUAACAUCAAACGGUACAGUUGCAGUCACUGUAACCGGAAUUUUCAUCGCGCACAAGCGCUUAAACAUCACGAAUCAAACAAACACAGCGUCAAGUGCGAUGUUUGUACACACGCAUUCAAGUCCAAAGAUCAGCUUUUAAUUCAUAACUGUGACGGGACAUCAGCUGACGUUAAACGUCAUCCUGGUUUGCAACUACCCAGGAAAGCCUUGGCCAGUUUUAAGCCCCGGAAACCAACACCGCGCAGACAGACCUUAUCAAAACUAACAAUCAUCAAUCUUGAGAAAGAUAAGCCAGGAAAAGCACGAACCGAAGAGCAGCAAACGAAGGACGUGCUACGACAGACUUUGAAUCCAGAUACUGCAGAUUACAGGAUUUAUAUAAAAAAUGAAAACAAGAUAAAUACUAAAAAUAGAUUGAAAUCCGCUGGUGUAGUUAUGCCUUGUCCAGUCGACAGACAAGCUGAAUUUCAUCAAGUCAGCAUUUAAGCCUGUCAACGAUAUUUAGUAUGACCAAUUUCAUGUAAGAUGAGUAUCGGGUGAGAAAAUUUUUGUCAGAAAAGACACAGAACAAGCACAAAACCUCAUGAUGAGAAAUGUGAACAAGUCUUUGCAUAUUCAACAAUUUACCUUUGCAGUAAUAAGUGUAUUAACCCAUUUGGUACAUGAUUUCAAAUGUUGCGUACAGGUAUGCAAACACAUGGAAAUUAUUAUUAUAAAUCGAACGUAGGAAUAUACAUGUAUAAUAUCUGAUCGCUUACGCAUCUGUGAUGAUUAUAUAUUAUAUCUUUACGUAUGAAAUAUUA